UUUGUUACAUGCCAGGCAAUGGAUGGUCAUGUUGAGGGACUUGGGAGAGGUACUGGUGUGGCUGCCUGGACAGCGCCAAUGUCCAAUUUCAUGCUGAAAAAUCUUGCCAAUGUCGUUGCCAGUGGUGUUAAAACAGGAAAGGGCUUCAAAAAGGUCUAUUUCAAUGCAUGUGCUAGAGCUGUCAAUGAAAAAUUCAACACUACGCUCAAUGGUGAGCAGAUUAAGAACCAUCUGAAGACAUGGCAAAGAAAGUGGGCAAAGAUAACACGACUCAAGAGCUUGAGUGCAUCUGGAUUCGAUGAAGAGAACUACAUCAUCACCCUUGAUGAGGAGCACUACAAUGGCCAUGUGCACGAUCACAAGGCUGAUGCCGAGUAUUUAAACAAGCCUCUUGAGAACUAUGCUGAGAUGGAAACAAUCUUUGGGAAGGAUAUGGCUACUGGCAAGUUUGCAAAGGAUUCAAGUGCUCCUCUUGGUACAGAAGAUGGUGAUACUGAAGAUGGGGCUGCAAAUGGUACAGAAGAGGAUCCUAGUAGUGCUUUUGAGGAAGGGGCAACAUCUAAUGCAAGACCUAACAAGAGGGCCAAGAUUGUUGAAAGUGCAGAGGAGGGGUUGAUUGGUGCGUUCAACAGAGUUGGUGACAAGCUUGCCAUGGCUAUAACGCAGGUUGCUAAAUCUAAUAAUGAGCUGCCAGAAGAUCUCUUUGACAAAGUGAAUAGCCUUUCAGUUUCAGGCUUUAAUGAUCUUCAGAUAUCCACAUACUAUGCGCAUCUGGUGGCCAAUCCUCUCAUUGGUAAAGCUUUCUAUGGCUUGCCAUUUCAGCACCAGUUACAUUGGAUGGCUAUGUUUGUUAGUGAGAGGUUCCCUGGACAGUAGGUGCUUUUGGAACAUACAACUAGUGAUAGUGGUAAAGCUUUCUUUUGCUAACUAGGCCAUGUUUGUUACACCUGAUAGUUGUAACGGUCUCUUUUGUCAGUCAUAUUUCUUUUGCUAACUGUGGCCUAUCAUAUAGUAUGCCUUGAACUUUCUAUAUUGUGUAAGGCAUGGAUUUGAUGUAAUGGUACUGUGGUAAAUGCCAUCUAUAUAUAUGAAUGAUAUUUGAUGGUAAACAGUUCGGUUUGCUACCAAGCUUCCUUUUGUUUAUUGCAUUCUCAA